CAUUUUUGAAACCUUCCCCUAUCUCUGACUGCUGGAUUCCUACGUUGGAUCACAGACAGCAGCUGUGCUCCCAGGAGAGAGGAAAAGAGACCCAUCUCCGUCACCAGAGACAGAGGAUUGAAUCGUUGGAGAAUGAAGAUUCACCUGGUCUUCCUCCUUUCCUGUUGGACGAUCUUCCAGAAUGCUGCGUCAGAGAGCUGUCCGGGAUUAUCCGAGAUAACCUUCCAGGAAAUUAAAGAUACCAUCGCUAAGACAAAGGAGAUAGAUUCUCUGAAAUCAAAAGUCUUGCAAUUGGAAAAAGAGGUGUCCACCCUCCAAAACUAUGUGCCCAGUGUCAUUUUCCAUGCACAGGUUUCUAGCGGCACCAACCCAGUCGGCCCGACAAAGCUCAUUUACGACCAGGUUGAGAUCAACAAGGGCCAAGCAUACGACGCCAGCUCUGGGAACUUCACUGCCCCCAUGAGUGGGAUCUUCUACUUCUCCUACUCCCUGCUGGGCCAGACAAAUUCCCUGGACACUUUGGUGCAGCUAAUGAAGAAUGGGGUGGCUCAGAGCUACAUCCAUAGCCUACUGAAUUCUGACCAGGGGCAAACUGCUUCUAUGUCCAUCAUCCUUCCCCUUGUCCGGGGAGACGUCGUGUGGGUGAAGCUGCCGAAGGGUAUCACUUGGAGUGAAUGGAGUUCUCUAAACUUCCAGGGCUUUCUCUUGCAGAGGACCUGAAGUCCCACU